AUGACGGACAACCUCUACCGUGCCAUUCGUGCAAAAUUCACUGACGACACCAUUACCGUAUACCAAGCAUAUUCAGAUGAAAUUGCAGACGCUGCACUCGGGGCAAACACCUUUGUGUCUCCCUUUAAACGCGGUCGAAUGACCUGGAUCAAACCCUCUUUCCUCUGGGUAGCAUAUCGAAGCGGAUGGGCGACGAAGCCUAACCAGGAGCGCGUUCUGGCAAUCGAGAUUACUCGCUCUGGUUUCGAAUGGGCACUGCGCAAUGCUUGCUUGAGCCAUGUAGAUGAGUCGCUUUACAGAGACAAAUCAGCCUGGGAAGCACGUAUGCAAGCCUCCUGUGUCCGGGUGCAAUGGGAUCCUGAACGAGACUUCAACUUCACUCCACUCAAUUACCGGUCAAUACAAAUUGGGCUGAAGGGAGAAGCAGUUGAUCGAUACGUGGACGAAUGGAUUGUAUCUAUCGCGGAUGCCACGGAGCAGAUACGAACGGUCUCACGACUGGUUUCAUCUGGCCGAUUGAGUGAGGCUGGCAAGGAACUGCCGGAAGAGAAGCUAUAUGAUAUCCCUGAAGAUGUUGCAAAAAUUAUAGGGGCAUCAUAUGCCGUCAAAGAAUAA